UCGCCAUUUUUGUAUUCUUCUUCAUUGUUUACGUUCAAAAACACACACAAAUAUCCAACAUUCUAGAUCAGUUUCACAUAUGCGUACAUAGGUAUGAUAAUUGUUUGCGUAUGUAAGUAAUGACGUUUAUACACAUACGAAUAGUGGCACAGAUCAAAUAGACUAGUAUUUUGAGCUUUUAAAGGUUAUAUAAAUCGUUUGUUUACCAUAUCGUGAUGACUUCUUGAAGACAUUGAAUUGGUGUUGCAGAAAGUAAUAGAGCAUCAAAAUGGGUCAAACACUUAGUGAGCCAGUUACCAACAUGAUAUCAGCAUGUUGCAAAGAUUCCAAAUUUCUCGUUGGUAGCUCUUGUAUGCAAGGAUGGAGAAGUAAAAUGGAAGAUUGUCACGUACAUAUACUCUCUCUUCCUGAUGAUCCUGAAGCUGCAUUUUUCGCUGUUUAUGAUGGCCAUGGAGGUGCUACAAUGUCGCAGCAUGCUGGAAAACAUCUUCAUGAUUAUAUUCUUAGAACAAAUGAAUACAAAGAAGGCAAAAUUGUAGAAGCAAUGGAACAAGGAUUUCUUCAACUAGAUGAAGCAAUGCAAGCUGAUGAUGCGUUAAAAGCUGAACGUGUUGGAACCACAGUCAUUGCUAUUCUUAUUAAAGAUAACGUUCUAUAUAGUGCUAAUGCAGGUGAUAGUAGAGCAGUAGCAAGUAUAUCAGGCAGAACAAUAGAAUUAAGUCGAGAUCAUAAACCAACUUUAGAAGAUGAAAAGCGUAGAAUUGAAGCGGCUGGCGGUUGGGUUGGUUUCAAUCGUGUCAAUGGACAUUUGGCACUUUCUCGAGCUCUUGGAGAUUUCAAGUUUAAACGAAAUCAUUCAAAAAGUGCAGAAGAACAAAUUGUUACUGCUUUUCCUGAGGUCCAAACAUUUCAACUGACUGAAGAUUGGGAAUUUAUAGUUUUAGCUUGUGAUGGAAUCUGGGAUGUAAUGACCAGUAGUGAAGUUGUGGAUUUUGUCAGAAAUCAUAUAGCAUGUGCUGAUGCUCGUGAUACAAUAAAUGUUAAUGAUUCAAGUAAAAAGCAAACGGAUUCAGAGUCAUCACUAGUUGACCCUGAAGAUAUUUGUGAAGAAUUAUUAAAUGAAUGUUUGGCUCCAGACACAUUAAUGGGAACAGGAUGUGACAAUAUGACCGUAGUUAUUGUUUGUUUACUGCAUGGUAAGCCACAGUCUGAUUUAAUCUUACGUUGCCAACGUCCUCCAGCUGACCCAAAUACUAUUAUAUAUAAAUCUACACAAUCCAGACAGAAUGAUGAGCUUCUUGACUUUUCUUAAAAAACUUCAACAAAUAAUGAGUUGAAGCAAUUUUUGGUAAGUCAACUGACAGGGUUAUAUUAAGACUGUUUUGCUACAACUCCAUUGAAAUUAUGAGAGCAAGUAUUCAAAGUAUUUAGAUCCGCAGAAGUCUUCGAUUGUUAUGAAGAAGCAAAGUUUUAAUAAAGCAUGGAAAAUAAAGAAAAAAUUAAAAAAAAGUAAAUGAAGAUGAAGAAUGUGUAAAAAUAAAUGAAUUUAUAUAUCAAUUGAAAGUGGCUUUCAUUGAUAAAUCUACUCAGUUUGUCAACGAUUAUGUUUAUUAACGAAAGCACUUGUUACCGAUUAAGAGCAAAUAAGAAUUAUCAUUAUAUUAUAUAUCAGCUGGAAACGCUAACAAAUAUUUUAUUCCAAUCCAUCAAGUUGUCGAUAUUUAGAGUCUAGUCAGAGCGAUUGAAUUAAAAUCUAUAAAGAGUAUUUUAUCUUCUAAAUACAUUGUAUAUUGAUGGUCUUUUUUAUUGCAUCAAUAAAUAAGUGAUAUAUUGGUCAUUAUUACUUAAUCAUGAUCAUUGUUAUGUUCUUAAAUGUCUAAACCAUUAUUAUUUAUGUGUUUAUGCGUUUUAACUUUUACCGUAAUGACUUGAUGUGUGCAAAAAUGAUGAAUAAUUAUAUCUGAAAUAUUAUUUAUUAUUUAAAUUAUUAAUGUA